AAUCGUCUCCUCCGUUGCUCUGUGCUCGACCUCCUCAAUGGACGCCGUGGACUUGUUCAAGAGGCUUGGAUCUGGCGCAAAGUUUGAUUUUAAAAGAUUUGGCAGAGAUGCGGAAAGAUUUAAGGUGGUGAGGUCUCAGAACAAAGAGAUCGCCAACCCUUUGGCCGAUAUUGGCUUCUUUGGCAAAACCAGAGACGAGCCAGCUGAAGACUCUAGAUGUGAUGAUGAUGAUGAUGAUGAUGAUGAUGAGCACGGGUCAGAAGAAGAUAACCUGACCAUCGCGGAUGAAUCCCUGCGCAAGCCGAAAAGAAAAAAGAAAGAGAAUAAAAGAAAAACUCAGGAUUCAGAAGACGAGAGUAAUGAUGAUGAUGAUGAUGAUUCAGAGCAGACAGGGAUUCGGUGGAUGUCUUCACAAGACAAGAAGGCGAAAGGACCGAAGAAAAAGACCACAGACGGACCAUCAAUAAAGAGAUUAAAGCAGCUGCAUAGAGAGAAGCUCAAUCAGAUCCGGCAUCAGAACAGGAUUAACGUGCAUGGCACCGACGUCCCAGACCCUCUCAGCACGUUCGAGGAGCUUCAGCAGGAGUACGAGCUGGAUUCCCGGAUCAUUCAGAACAUCAGAGCAGCUGGCUUUCAGACCCCUACGCCCAUUCAGAUGCAGGCCAUCCCUCUCAUGAUGCACAGACGAGAAAUCCUGGCGUGUGCCCCCACAGGCUCGGGGAAAACCAUAGCGUUCUGCCUGCCCGUGUUGGCGCAUCUCCGUCAGCCGCUCAACAAGGGUUUCAGAGCGCUCAUCGUAGCACCCACGAGAGAGCUGGCCAGCCAGACGUACAGGGAGCUGCUGAAGCUGUCCGAGGGAGUGGGCUUCAGGGUUCGCAUGAUUAACAAAGGAGUGGAUGCAGCCAAAAAAUACGGUCCCAAGUCAGCCAAGAAGUUUGACAUAUUGGUGACGACACCAAACAGGCUGAUCUACCUGCUCAACCAGGAGCCUCCAGCUGUUGAUCUCGGCAGUGUGGAGUGGUUGGUGGUGGACGAGUCCGAUAAGCUGUUUGAGGACGGUAAGACCGGCUUCAGGGAGCAGCUGGCGACCAUCUUCCUGGCCUGCACCUCUCCCAAAGUCCGCCGCGCUCUCUUCAGUGCCACUUUCACCACAGAGGUCGAGCAGUGGUGCAAACUCAAUCUGGACAAUCUCGUCUCUGUUAACAUCGGACCCAGGAACUCCGCGGCAGAGACGGUCGAGCAGGAGCUUCUGUUUGUCGGUGCAGAAAAUGGCAAGAUGCUCGCUAUAAGGGACAUGAUCAAGAAGGGCUUUCUGCCUCCCGUGCUGGUGUUCGUGCAGUCCAUAGAGCGGGCCCGAGAGUUGUUCCAUGAGCUGGUGUACGAGGGCAUCAAUGUGGAUGUGAUUCAUGCAGGGCGCACACAACAACAGAGAGAGAACGUGGUGAACAGCUUCCGUGCCGGUAAGAUCUGGGUGCUCAUCUGCACAGCGCUCAUGGCUCGAGGGAUUGACUUCAAAGGCGUCAACCUGGUGAUAAACUACGACUUUCCUACGAGUGCCGUGGAGUACAUUCAUCGCAUAGGCCGCACAGGAAGAGCAGGUCAUAAAGGGAAAGCCAUUACGUUUUUCACAGAGGCCGACAAACCGCUCCUGCGCAGCAUUGCCACAGUAAUAAAACAAGCGGGAUGUCCUGUGCCUGAUUACAUGAUUGGAUUCAAGAAACUAAAAAGCAAAGUGAAGCGGCAUCUUGAGAAGAAACCACCGAGGAGGUCAACAAUUCGCACAACGCCUCGGUUUCUCAUGAAAAACAAUCCCGGAAAAGUGAAAAGGAAAAAGGGGAAAGCUGAGGCAAGCGCAUGUGGAGGUGAACCGAAUGACUCUAAGAAAUAGCUGAGAUUUUGAUACAUGAUAAUUGUAAAAAGAAAUUGUCUAAUAAAACUUUAAAAUUUGA